AUGUUCCCGCUCGUCCCAGCUUUACAAGCUCGUAUUGUGUUACUUUCCGCAUCAUACAGUCGUCGACUGGUCUUCCGUGUGCGUCCCCAUGUGCUUCGUACAUUAUCGACGAAAUCAACAGCUGAAGCAACUGUAAAUGCUACGAGUUCCAAGACAGCAACUACUGUAUCGAUUGAUAUGUUUUCAUUGGACGAGACUAUGACGCUCAAGGAGCGCCUUACAAUCUACAAUCAAUUAGGCAAGACACGUCUUAGUGCAUUGGUGGUCAUGACUACAGGUGCAGGUUUCCUGAUGGCUGGUGGACCCAUUUCUUGGCACACUUUUGCUGCUGCCACGGUGGGUACAUCUCUGGCUGCAGUGUCAGCUAAUACAUUUAAUCAGUGGCGGGAGGCGGAGUUAGACGCUAAAAUGCAGCGCACACACCGACGUCCACUUCCGUCGAAGCGGAUCUCCCGAGCACACGCACUAAAGUUCGGUGCUGCUAUGGCUACAGCUAGUAUGGCCAUUUUGUCGGCUGGAUGCAGUCCAUUGGUAGCCUCACUAGGCGCAUUUAACAUUGGCCUCUACUCGUUAGUGUACACUCCGAUGAAGUUGAAGAGCGAGUAUAACACGUGGAUAGGCUCAGUUGUGGGCGCUAUCCCACCUGUCAUGGGUUGGGCAGCUGCCACCGGCACUGUAUUGGCGCCAGAAGCUGCGCUGCAUGCAUACUUGAUGUAUUGCUGGCAGAUGCCACACUUCUUCGCCUUAAGCUGGCGAUCACGCAAGGACUAUGCGCGUGGCGGCUACAAGAUGGUGGCAUGCAAUGAUCCAACGGGCUCUCGAAGUGCUGCGUUGGCACUAAGAUACUCAUAUUACAUGAGUGCGAUUCCGAUCGUUGCUUCGAUUACAGGCGCUACGAGCUACAUGUUUGCAGUAGAAGGUACCGCUGUGAACGCGUACACUAUCUACUUGGCGCAUAAGUUCUACGCGAAGCCGUCAAAUGCAUCAGCGCAAAAGGUUUUUCUGGCCUCACUAUGGUACUUGCCUGUCAUCAUGGGUUGCAUGGUGCUGCAUAGCCAGCAGUGGAUGAACGACGAGGAAAUUGAAACGAAGAAGAAAGCUAACGUAUGGCGUGAAGCGUUUUUGGGUGAGGCGGAAAAUUUCCAGUCGCAGGAUUCUUCGGCACAUACCAAGGAAAGCUCCAUGUCCGCAUGGUUGGUAGCGAAGGUGCGUGCCUUGCGCCACAGCCUUCGGGAUUUCUGUAUCCACGAGACUUUGUGGGGAGUGAAGGACGGCCAGCACCAGGGUGAUGAGUCCAAUAUACUUUGUCCCGUGCACAUGGGCCACCAGGCCAAAGAGACCGUGGCAAUCACAGCACAGGCUUCUAGGACGGAUUAA